GAAUGAAACGCCUGCAAUAAAGCUAACGUGAUGUUCGGACAGCCACGCUCCUCUCGUAACCCUUGAAAUUCAACGAAUCCCUUGUGCUCUAUUUACUUGGCGUAGAUGAGCGAGAUACAUUGAGAAAACUAGAGAAACAAGAUCGUCGCCUUUUGUGAUUUGCGCCCGCUCACAUCGAUUGUUUUUUACUUCCAGCCUCAAUGGCCAAAUCCAAGAUGCUGGACCGAAAAUCUGAUUCUAACCACCAUGGGAUCAGUCUACGCAAGUUAUCAUCUCGACACAUGAAAGUUUUUGAAGAUUCCCACCAUGAGAAAAGACGAGUAGCAGCAUCAGAAAAGAAAGAGUGGGAAGAUGCACGAUGCUCAGUCUGCUUGGAGUUUCCUCACAAUGCAGUUCUCUUACUCUGUUCCUCUUAUGACAAGGGUUGCCGUCCUUACAUGUGUGCCACUAGCCAUCGAUAUUCCAAUUGUCUUGAACAGUAUAGGAAAGCCUACACUAAGGUUUCCUCAGACAAGAGCACACCACCAUUUGAAGGGGCGACCAGUGAUAUAGCCCUCUUGGAGGAAUCAAGUUUGCCCAAUGCAAAGAGUGAGAUGCCAGAACUUCCAUGUCCACUUUGCCGUGGUCAGGUUAAAGGCUGGACAGUGUUAGAACCUGCGCGCAAGUACUUUAAUAGAAAGAAGCGCACCUGUAUGCAAGAUUGCUGCUUGUUUGUUGGUUCCUACAAAGAACUUAGGAAGCAUGUGAAGGUGGAGCAUCCUCUAGGACGCCCUCGAGAUGUUGACCCUUCACAUGUAGAGAAAUGGAAGAAGCUCGAGGAUGAGAGAGAACUCAGUGAUGUGUUCAGCUCAAUUAGAUCUACCAUGCCGGGGGCAAUUGUCAUCGGUGACUAUGUACUAGAGAGGAGCCAUCAUGGAUUUCCGAGGGACUUUGGCGGCCAUGACUAUUUGGAUGCGCCCUUCUUUAGAUUCCCUGCAUUCAAUAACCGCUGGAGCAGCCCCACAAUUACUCCUGAUUUCUUUGACAGCGAUUAUGAAGCCCUUGAUGAUGAUAUCAGCAGGCUUGGAGCUCGAGUUGCAUCUAGGCGCCAUGGAAACAAUGCUUCCCGUAUGGCGCGCCCCCGUGCGAGAUUGUGGGUUGCAAGGCGCACAAGAAGACUUAGAGAUGGCAACUAAGUUGCUGCGAAGGAAGGUACCCAAACCCAAGCAUUUCUGAUCCUCUUUAUGGUUUCAAAUAAUAUUGAUACAGUACCAAUGGGACUUGAAAAAAUAUGGUAUUAUUAUUGUUAUUACUUGCUGCAUAUGAUUUAUAGUAGUGCUUGGGGGUGUUGAUCUUGGCAGUUGCUGGAAUUAUGAUUUUAGGUGUUGGAAGGGUCGAUUUCAUUUCAUCGGAUCAUCCUCCCUUAUGAUUAUUAUUAUUAUUAUUAUCAUUAUUGUUUGGAUAGCUCCUUGCUAUUUAUAUUAAUAUUGUUAAUCCUUAGCUGCUGUGCUGAUGAGGAAGAGAAAGAGGAGGAUAGUAGGUGUAGCUAGCUAGGCUAGUUGGUGUAUUUCUUUCAUUUUCAUGUUCAUACUCUGCAACCUUUUGUGGAUUCAUGGUUGGGUCUCACUUGUACCAUUGCUAUUUGGUUGGUUUGUGUUCAA